AUGCAACUCUCAAAAGGUGUAAAGGAGGACUAUUCAUCAUCUUUUGUUACUUUGAAAGAAGAUGAGAAAACUGUGGUCCAAGAGAAGACACCGUCGGAAGUUACAACUGUCCUAGAGAAAGUUCAGGAUGUAAUGCCCGCCGAAUUUCCAAAGAAACUCCACCAUGAGAGAGAGGUGGACCAUGGAGAAGAGUUAGUCAAUGAGCCCGCCGCAGCCCGCCACGUCGCUCCGCCGUGGUCUACAGAAGGAGUUAAGAACUUACCCAAUGAAUGGGCCAAUGGAAUGUUAAAUGAUGCUACCAACCUUAGUGAAGAAAGAAUAGAUGAGGUGUUGAAAGAGUUUCUUAAGGAUUUCAAAGAGGGGACGUGGGAGGCCAAUGGUUGGCCUACGACCCUCACUUCUUAUAUACUAUCGAGAGCAACUUUGAAUGCUUACACUAGAGUUGUAGCUAAGAAGUUUCCCACCAUUCUUGUGAAUUGUGUUUGCUCGGGUUAUGUUAAGACGAGCAUCAAUGAUAACACUGGCACAUUGACUGUGGUAGAAGGAGCAGAAUGCUUCGUUAGAUUGGCUUUAUUGCCAGAUGGUGGAUCUACUUGA